CUGUUACAAUACCGUGAAGCUCAGUGAUGCGUCAUAAAAUGGAGACCUCCUAAAACCACAUUGUGCCUGGAUCCAGUUCACACACACAGUUUCAUGCCACCAAAAAAGCCAAGAGAGAAAUUCAAACAUUUAUUGUUCUGAGAGAGAGAGAGACAGAAACAGAGAACACAACUGAGCGUGGUACCUGUGGGAACCAAAAGAGGACUUUGCAGGCAUGCCCCGGACACUGAGUGCCUCCGACAUGGUCACCCCGGGCAGCCUCAGCCCGCCUCCCACAGAAUCCACAGAAGGCGAGCAGGCUGGACAGCCCCUCCUGGACGGAGCUCCAUCUUCAGCCUCUCUGGACACUCUGAUUCAGCAGCUAGUGCCCACAGCCGAUUACUACCCCGAGAAAGCCUAUGUCUUCACCUUCCUGCUGAGCUCGCGCCUCUUCAUCGAGCCCCGGGAGCUGCUGGCGCGGGUGUGCCACCUGUGCAUAGAGCAGCAGCAGCUGGACAAGCCGGUGCUGGACAAGGCCCGAGUCCGGAAGUUUGGGGCCAAGCUGCUCCAGCUGUUGGCCGAGUGGACUGAAACCUUCCCCCGGGACUUCGAGGAGGAGUCCACCAUUGGACACCUAACAGACGUGGUGGGCCGCAUUGCCCCGUGUGAUGAGACCUAUGGGAACAGGAUGCAUCAGCUCCUGCAGACCCUGCACCAGAAACUGGCAUCGCUUGGCCAGGGGCCAGAAGGCCUGGUAGGGGCGGACAAGCCCAUCUCGUACAGGGCCAAGCCACCAGCCUCCAUCCACAGGGAGCUCCUAGGUGUCUGCAGCGACCCCUACACGCUGGCCCAGCAACUGACCCACGUGGAGCUGGAGCGACUAAGACACAUAGGACCUGAGGAGUUUGUCCAGGCUUUUGUGAACAAGGACCCCCUGGUGGGCACAAAGCCCCGGUUCAGUGACAAGAGGAACAACGUAGAGGCCUACGUGAAGUGGUUCAACAGGCUGUGUUAUCUCGUGGCGACUGAGAUCUGCAUGCCAGCCAAGAAGAAGCAGAGAGCGCAGGUGAUCGAGUUCUUCAUUGAUGUGGCCCGUGAGUGUUUCAACAUCGGCAACUUCAACUCCCUCAUGGCCAUUAUCUCCGGUAUGAACAUGAGCCCUGUCUCCAGGCUGAAGAAGACUUGGGCCAAAGUGAAAACAGCCAAGUUCUUCAUCCUAGAGCACCAGAUGGACCCCACGGGGAAUUUCUGCAACUAUAGGACAGCCCUGCGUGGAGCCGCUCACCGCUCGCUGACUGCUCACAGCAGCAGAGAGAAGAUUGUCAUCCCCUUCUUCAGUCUGCUCAUCAAGGACAUCUACUUCCUCAACGAGGGCUGCGCCAACCGCCUUCCCAAUGGGCAUGUCAACUUUGAGAAAUUUCUGGAACUGGCCAAACAGGUUGGAGAGUUCAUCACCUGGAAACAAGUGGAAUGUCCUUUUGAGCAAGAUCCCAGCAUCACCCAUUACCUGUACACCGCCCCCAUCUUCAGCGAAGACGGUCUGUAUUUGGCUUCCUAUGAGAGUGAGAGCCCAGAGAACCAGACAGAAAAGGAGAGGUGGAGAUCUCUAAGAUCUUCUAUUCUGGGGAAGACAUGAGAAGCCGAGACAGAGGAGGAGGAGGAGGAAGCAGUGGGGCUGACAGCCUAUCCCAGCCCCACGACAGAUGGCCCAACGGGUGGAGGUUGACGCAAAGCCUCGCUACUUUGCAAACCAGACCCUGUGGCCUGGCACCUGCCACAAUGGCCGCAUUGGCCUAGGAAACCUUUUACGGGAUCUCAGCCCUGGCUGACCUGCAGGGCCUCCGAGAGCAUGGGCAACAUGCCUUGGGCAAACUUUGCCUUCAUGACCAAGUGGGUCACAUACUCAAUCUGUCCAUUCUGGACAGGGACACGGCGCUACCCCAAUGGGCUGGGCGACUGCAAUCACAUGAUCUUGUUAAGUGACGUGUGCUAUGGAGAUGAACACCGCCAUCUGUCACCAGGUGGCUUGGGAGCCUCUAAAACGGCAGCGGGAUCAUGGUGCAACGUGGGAUGAGCCUGCACCAGCUCAGAGCCCGCUCUGGCCCCUGGCACUCUGCUGAUGGGCCCCUGUCCUGCCCCUCCCAGUGGACUUGUUUCUGCAGUCACCCAUCUCCUUCCGCAUCCUGCUGGUAUCAGGAUAGCCUUCCAGCGACAGCGGUGAACCAAGUCAGUAAGCCAAACCCGAGUCAUGGAGUCGGCAAUGUGUAUAUUGUGACCUUCUGCCUAGCUCCCUUGUAAACUUUAGAGUCGGAGUAAACACACGUUUGUACACCUA